AUGCAUCUUCUUAUCAAGAAGUUCAAGAUGCAAGAUUGCAAGCCGGUCGUCACUCCUCUAAUCCCAAAUGAGAAGAUAAAGAAAGAAUACGGCACAAGGCCUACCGAUGAUACCAACUAUCGGAGCUUAAUUGGGAGUUACUUAACAACGACGAGGCCAGACAUCAUGUACGCCACAAGUCUUCUAUCCAGAUUUAUGGAAAAUUCGAUGAAAACACACUAUGGAGCAACAAAAAGACUCCUCAGAUAUCUGCAAGGAACUCUCAACUACGGUAUUUGGUAUAAGUCAAGUUCCGACUCACAACUCGUUGGAUAUUGUUACAGUGAUUGGGCUGGAUCACAAGAUGAUAUGAAAAGCACCUCUGGCUACGUAUUUAAGCUCGGAUCGGGAGUUUUCUCAUGGGGAUCAAAGAAGCAAGACUCAGUUGCACUUUCAUCAAUUGAAGCUGAGUACGUCGCAGCAACCGGAGCAACAUGUCAGCUAUAUGGCUUAAAAGAAUAUUGGAAGACAUGGGAGAACUACAAAAAUUGGCAACCAAGAUUUACUGCGAUAACAAGUCAGCUAUCGCAAUGUCCAAGAAUCCAGUUCAACAUAAUCACACAAAGCACAUUGACAUCAAGUAUCACUUCUUGA